UAAACACAUGACAUUUUCACAGAAAGCCCUGAUUAAACCCUAGCGAGUAGAAGGAACUCACUUGGCUUCAGACUUUCAGCAGGCUAAGCUUCCACUGAGAGAGAAGAUGGCACCUCGGCGAUUUGUGACCCAUAUUUACAGAAAUGCCGUCCUCUUGUCCUCGUCCCGACCUCAGCUUCAUUGCCGUUUUUCACUCUCACAGACCCGUUCCAUCUUCUCCACGUCCCAACUGGAUGGAUCUUGGAUGGACAAGAUCAAAGGGGUUUUCACCGGCCAGAAGACCACACCUGAAUCUCAGGUCACCUCCGAAUCCUUCACUCUCCUUAGGUUCGCCGAUGAGCUGAAGACUGCGAGAAAAGCAGGGUCGUUCAAGAAUUUUAUAGUGGGUCGAAGCAGCGAAGCAACAUUUGCUGAUUCAUUUGAGAAGCAGGAAGCCAUUAUUCGAUAUCUCGGAGGGUUUGAUCCUACAGGAGAGAAUCUCCAAAGCAGUCAGAAGCAAGAGGCAGCCAAGCAUUGUAAUUGCACAAUUGCUGAGGUUGAGAGUGCAUUGGCAAAGUUUACAUGGGCAAAGGAAGCACAGAAAAAGAUAGAAAAGCUAAAGGCAGAAGGAAAACCAAUGCCAAAGAGCUUGGCCGAGGUGCAAAAGCUGAUGGGAUCAACACCAUUGGAUCUUGCCAGGUCUAAUUUGGCAAAGAGUGGGCAAAUAAGUAGGAAUGCACUCUGCCCUUGUGGUUCUAAGAAGAGAUACAAAAGGUGCUGUGGGAAGGAUUCAAGUUGAACAUAAUUUGCUGAUUUAAAAGACAUUCUAUUUGGGCUAAUGGUCUCUCUAACAAUUUGCUAUGAGAACGAUUGAAGAUAUUCUUGGAAGCACUAUCAGUGGGAAGAAAAAUAAAAGAGAUGGAUUGCAACAAUUAGGUUCCAUUCCAUGUGAAAGAACCAGAUGGUCUCUCUUGUAGUCCUAGUGGGACUGCCCAGCAUGACGGCGCCUGCGCUGGGAAAAGAAAAGAGACCAAAGAAGGGUAGUAGAGCUUGCCAUUUCUCUUAUAUUCAAACUACUGUUAAAGAAAAGCAUCAAGAGGAUGUUUCUUUUUGGCAUCUCAGUUUUGAUUAAAAAUGUUUCUGAAAGCUGACUUCAAUUUUCAUAGAUAGCUGAUUGAUAGACAUCUUCAAUAUGGCCGCAUAAUGAUGAAACAAAAUGCUUUACUGUUUCUGUAAUAUUAUGGUUCCUGUAAUGAGA